AUGUCUCUUGACGUAUUGCAAUGAAUUUCCCAUUAAUGCUGCUUUUCCGCAGAACUUCCUCUUUGAGACAACAAAAGAUAUGAACUGAAGUGACUGCAAGCAUUAAGGAAGUGAUCUAAAUCUAUGUUUGUGUUUCCUACUAAAGACAAUAUGAGCUACAGUAGUAACACGGUAAUGAUGCACUGCUCCUUAAACACCACAUGGUGUCCUCGGAUGCUCUUAAUAAAACCUUAUUGAGUUCAGAUGGUGCCCCUUCACAGGAAACUGCGCCUCCAUUUCAAGUGAAGUGAGAGUGAAAACACCACUUGUUGCAGCACACUCAGUGACAGAUGAAAUGUAAAAGAUGUUCCAGACAGUGCUGCUCAUUAAGCUGCUGUUGGUGCAUUACACAACCCAGAGUCAGACAUAUUAUCAUGCAGACUGCAAUACCGAUGUGUCACUGAAGUGUUCAGAUAACAUUGGCAUGAAUUUCAUCUCAAUUGCAUGGUACAAGUUCAUCAACAAGAAAAAAUGUGGCAUCAUCAGGAGAGGGCCAGGUGAAAACUCCACACAGCGCUACGACUUCACUCGUCCCACCGAGUUUGGAGAGAGUUUCGGGAGUCUGUUUCUACCCAGUGUGACACCUGAAGAUUCGGGGAUCUACGAGUGUGCCAUCAGCGCAAACAUAGGGGGUCAAAAUCUGAAUCACGAAAUCAAUCUGACGGUUCAUGCAUGUAUGACCCAGCCUAACCUGACAACAAGGACAAAUGCAUUGAACGCGACUCAGGAACCUGACCCGCCCUGCCCUCGAAACGAUAAGGACCUGCCAGUUAUGUGGUGCAUUUUUGGCUAUGUGGCAGUCGGCUUCACCAAAAUUAUUUUAUCACUAAUCAGCAUUUGGGUUAUUCAAGCCAUUCGUGUCAGAUCCUCAAGACGAGACCUGUUUAAGUGGUGAAGUUUACUGUCCAAGGGAUCCUGUAAAUACAAAAACAACUCCUUAAAAUCAGCAUUUAGAUACACAUUUACUUUUUCAUACUUUAUUUAUUGUCUUUAACUUGUUUUCAGAGAGAUUGACGUGUGUUUGUGGUAAAACUGAUACUCAGGAUGUAAAAAUAUGCCAUGUUUGCAAAACCAGACUGCCACAAAAGAGGUCAACUCAACCAACAAAGGGUCUAGAGUUUGUCAUAACUUAACAGAAACAGCAAUAAGAAGAUGUAUUGCUUCUGGAGGAACACAGGUAGCCGUACACACCAUGGACACACUGCCCCACAUGUACACAGCAUCUAUUGUAAUAUAUCAUAACUGAAUUCUAAUACAUUACAUAUGAUUUAUAACUAGUUUACUUGUUCAACACUGGACUCUCAUCUAAACAGACUUCUGAUGUUUUAAUGCAACUGUGAUACAUUUAAAUUGUUCAGCUAUAAAAUAU